GCGCGAAGGGUGUAAAAAACAAAAGAAAAAGGCUUCCACUGCGUGUGCCGCGCACUCGGUUGAAGGCCAUUUUCUAUCGCAACAAAUGUCAUAAUAAUAGUAAAAACGCACGCAGCCGAGGGGCCAAUUACUCAUCACGCCGUGCGAGUGUGCGCGAGUGUGCGUCGUGUCCGUGUCCGCAUAUUCUAUUGCCCUCCUCCCGGGGGUGACGACUCAUUGUCGGCUGGAGUAGUAGCGGCAGCAGCAACACAGGAGGAAAAAAACAAGUGCACCGGUUUUCUGUCCCGUCCGAGAAUGACGGCAUCGUGCGACCGGUAGGGGAUCGACGAUCGCGGAUCGCGUACCGCAACGGUUCACAUGCCGGACACAUUUGCAGUUGCGCUUGCCAACCUGCCACCGGGACACACCGGAACAUGAGCGGUUCGUUGCGUCCGUUCGGUCCACGGUGCAGGCGUACAUCCACGGUGGACGCAGACGGCAGGGGCCGCAUUCGAUGGGCGCCGGUUGGCCACCGAUCGGCAACGGAUUGGCCAAAAACAGACAACGCCGCCGCCAGUGCAGUGAGUCAGUAGUGUGCGUGUGUGGUGAUACGUGAAAUUUGCAUCCGCGCCAUAGGCCGGCCGCUUCUGGCGUUCCGGGCCGCUUUCUGUUUAUGGGGGUAGGGAGGAAGCCGUAGGCGCGCAAAGUGCAAUUUUCAAGCGCCCGUGAGUGCAAGCGAAGAAAUUUUCAAUCUCCCAACAAACCCCCUCGAUUGUGGGUUUCAGUGCGUGCGUGCGUGCAUGUGAAUGUGUGUGUGCAAGGGCCAAACAAAAAAAAGAAGCAACCCCAGGAAGGGCAAGUGCCGUGUGUCGUUAGAAAUCGGUUGUGCCUUUAAUUCCCUUCCCUUGGUUGAGUGUGAGUACACGAAGCGGUCAUAUCAAAUAGUGUUUCUACCUCCUUUUUGGGGCAGUGGCCACUAAUAUUCUGCAUCGAAUUCCCAAGUGCCUUAUAGUCUGUGCCUUUGCGCCAAACAGAUCCUCAUUUUGCCGUAAUAUAGUUGUAUCAGUGUUUGUACGCCCGGCGUGCCAGCGUGAAGGAGUAAUUUAUCGCGUGUUUUUUCGCAAGCGUAAGCACCUACUCGCCGAGGUGCCGAACCACCGUUUGACGGCAAAAAUGCCCCACAACAGCUCGACCGGCGAUGAGCUGGGCAGCACGGAUGAGGUGAAAGUGUUUAAGGACGAGGGCGACCGGGACGACGAGAAGUUGUCGGAGAAUCUGCUGGAGGAAAAGUCCAGCCUGAUCGAUUUGACCGAAAGCGAGGAGAAGACGGUCAAGAACGGUACCACCCGCCAUGAAAGCGCCAGCACACUGUACGGCGGCAGCGGGGGAGGAAGUGGAGGGGGUGGAUCGGGUGGCAAACUGCCGCACGGUGGGGCGCCCCAUCCCGGGUUCAACAUGGGGUACAUCGUACCGCCGUACUCGUACCCGAACGGUGCCGCCGGCGGACUGCCGGUGUCGAUGGCGAACAAGAUGAGCCUGCCGCCCUUCUUCUGCCACAACGGAGAUCAUCUGUCGUCGCCCCCGCCAGCCCACUGUGGCAUCCUACCGUACCAGCUGGACCCGAAGACGAUGAGCCUGACGAGGCCACCGCUGUACAGCUUCCCCACCAGCCAGUACCCCUACCCGAUGAUCAGCCCGGAUAUGCUGCCGGUACCAUCGUCGUGGCAUUCGCCCUCGCUCUACAGUCCGGCCGCCGGCUUCCGAACGCCCUAUCCCUCCUCGCUCCAGAUCUACACGUCGCUUUCGAGUGACUUCUAUCGCUACUCGCCCACCCUGCUACCGCCCAGCAUACAUCCAUCGCAUCCGGUGCUAAACUCGGGACAUCCGGCGAUAAUCACCCCGGGGCCCAAGCAGGACAUUCCCGGCAGUGGGGGAGGUUCGCACCGGGGUAGCGAUCGGCAAGGGGCGUCGAUCAAGCUGGAAUCCUCAGCGUCCGGCGCGGAUCACGAACCUUCGUCCGGCCAUCACCAUCACCAUCGGUCUUCCGCUUCCUACCAUCAUCACCGAUCGGGUGGAUCGCUUGGUGAUCAGCAUGGCAACAACAACAACAACAGUAACCAUCACACGAACCACAACCAUCACAACCACCACCAGAACCACCACAACAAUGGAGGGGGCGGCGGUGGUGGCCACAAGCACCAAUCGCUCGCGGAACGCGAGGCCGCCCUCGAGAAGAAGCGUAGCCACGUGAAGAAGCCACUGAACGCGUUCAUGCUGUACAUGAAGGAGAUGCGCGCGAAGGUGGUGGCGGAGUGUACGCUGAAGGAGUCGGCCGCCAUUAACCAAAUCCUCGGCCGCAAGUGGCAUUCGCUGUCGCGCGAAGAGCAGAGCGUGUACUACGACAAGGCGCGCCAGGAGCGGCAGCUCCACAUGGAGCUCUACCCGGGCUGGACGGCACGGGACAACUACGGGUACGGUGCGAAGAAAAAGAAAAGGAAAAAGGACCGCAGUCCGGCGGAUCCGGGUGGAAAUAGUAUGAAGAAGUGCCGGGCCCGGUACGGGCUCGAUCAGCAAAACCAGUGGUGUAAACCGUGCCGGCGCAAGAAGAAGUGCAUCCGGUACAAGGAGGCGGGUGGCGGGGAUCGCGGUGACGGUGGCAGCGAUCGGGAGGGUGGUCGCGAUCGGGGCGAUGGUUCGGACGAUGCGAUCGGCAGCUGUGGCAGUAUGGAGGACGAUAGCAGUAAAUCGCCGGGCGAGGAGGACGAAGAUCGCGAGUCGAUCAACCAGUCGCUGUCCAGUCCGCGGUGUCUGAGCGUACUGUCGAGCCUGCAAUCGCCGUCGACCAGCAUAGCGUCCCCGCUGAAUCUGCUCGCAAGUCCUGCGACGCCGACGAACUUCUACCACCAUCACGACCACCUCGGGCUGGCGUCGAUGAUCGCGUCCGCCCAGCAGCAGCACCAGCAGCAGCAACUGCAGCAACAACUCCAACAGCACCAGCAGCAACAGCAACAACAUUACCUCCACCAGCACCAUCACCAUCAUCAUCACCAUCAUCAGCAGGCGGCGGCGGCUGCAGCAGUGGCCGCAGCCGCCCUGCAGAAUGUGAGCGAUAAGCUGAACAACAUCAGCAACGAUUCCGGCAUCGGCGGGUCGCAGCUCAACAACAGCUACAGCAACAACUUCAGCCCCUACAACAACCACCACACGAUGCGCACCAGCUCGUCGUCGUCCUCGUCGGCCAGCAAUGGCAACGGUGGUGGCGGUGGCACAAACCUCAACAACAGCUCCUCCAGCGUAACGAACGGAACCGGCGGCGGUGGGCUGGGCAAGAGCCCAACCGCGAUGCUGCUACCUCCGACACCUUCGACACCCACGCUCGCACCUCCGACACCCUCCUCCUCGUCUUCCUCCUCAUCUUCCUCGUCGUCCUCGUCCUCCUCCUCGCUGUCGUCUUCGUCGUCCUCUACGCCCUCGCUCCAGAUACCGCCCCACCUGCAGCAGCUGAACUUAAAGACAUCCCCGCCACUGUUGCCCAACACGCCACCCUCGUCCGGGGGAUCGUCCGUGUCGUCCACGACUGCGCUCACGAUAAAGGAGGAGCUGCCGGACAGUAGCACCGGCAAUGGGCCGAUGGGUUCACCGGCGUCCGGGGCGCUACAUCCCGCCUCGUCCAACAGCCCACCGGCGGGCGGUGGCGGGUUCCUGCUCCAUCCCGCCCAUCACCAUCACCACCUCGCCUCCCUCCACGGCAGCAGCAACCAUCCGCUGCAGCUCGGCCAUACGCAGCUUCACGCGACCAGCAAAACCAACGGUGAUCUCUCCCCAUCAACGACGACCGCCCCGGUGACGGCCGGUGCAUCCAGCAGCAAUGACAACGGUCCAGCAGCAGCAGCAGUAGCAGCAGCGGCGGCGGCGCUCACCAACGGCGGUAGCAGUAGUCGGAGCAGCAGCAGCAGCAGUAGUCAAAUCGCUAGUGAUAGGUAGUGUACCGAUAUACAAACAAACAAAACAGAAAACGAUAACUGCUACUAUAAUCUUCCUCCCUCCCAACAUAAGAGAACGAAAACACAACAAAAUCUUCCAUCAAACCCCGAAUAUCCUUUCGUCCCCUUUUUUGCGUUUCCGGGCCGUGUCCGGGUGCACUGGUUCUUCCAAUUGUUUCUCUUUAAUAUUGUUAUGUUUAGCGCGGGGUGAAAAGAUGUGUAAAUGUUUAGCUUAACCCCGCAGUGGCCUUAAAAGCCCCACCGGGAACUAUGUGUCCGUCGCGUUGGUUCUACUUUUAUUAUUUUGUUUGUUCGUCCGUGCGUUUAGCGUAACCGUGUUCGUGAUAAUUAUUCGUCUAAUGGAUGUAUGUUUUUUGUAAUGUAUUGUGUGUAUGCUGUGCGUGCGUUGCCAACCCCCCAUCCCCGUUUUCCAAACUGUUAAUAGUUGUAAAACCUCUUCCCUGUGUUAAGUUAGUACGUCUUUAAAUGUGUAUAUUAUUAGUUGCCGCGAGAACAAAAAAGUCAGACCCGGUGCGGUGUCCCUGGUGCUGUUUGGCCCUCCCCAUCCCCGGGGGCAAGGUGAGCGACAACCGGGCGAAGAAAGUUUAGCACAACGAAGAAAGCAAAACAACCGCAUAACUUAGGGAAAUAUCGAAUCGAUGAUUUAUAUAAAAAAAAAGACUGAAAUGCCCAACGACCAACGAAUGUUCGAGCGCGGUGGUGAUGGGAAGAUUUUACCCCGUACCGUACGGGCGGUCACGAAUUGACCGAUCGCGUAACAAGUUCCAGUUGUGAAAAUAGAGAAGAAUGAAAACAUGUACGAAAAGCGAAAAAACACAAAAAAGGCAGAAUAAAGUGUACGCAUGCUUGUCCUGCAUGCGUAUGUCGCUCUUGGUAAUGUGCAUCUGAUGCGUGGAAACGAUCAAUCUGUCUUCCGAGAAAACGACCGAGAAGUGUUUUGGUUAAUAGGCGAAUGGCGAGUGGGAUGGUUGAAGCUGGCAGGCGGGCGGAGGCACCCGAAAACCAAAAAGAGAAAAAAAGGUUUGUAAGCGAACGCGUGUAAGGUACUUGAUCGAGGGGGGGUGUGUUGGAAGAAGGAAGGGAACGGAAAACGAAGAAUGCCUGGGUUUUCGAGGAUCAUUCCGUCGUAGGCUCCGUUGCCUUUUCCCUUUCUGCGUGUCGUGGGAGGCACACACACAUAGAAGCCAAGCGGGAAAAGAUCCCUGCCGGAGUGUGGGCAAGGAGCGUGGGGUGGGCUAAAAGGACGCAGCGGUGCAAGGGUACGGGAAACGAAUUUCCAAAACAAGUUUUUCCAUCUCGCUCCCGUUCGCGCGGGAUGGUUCUUCUCGCACGCACGCACGCCACACAACUGGCAACGGGCAAGUGUGUGGACCAAGAGCAGUGGGUUAGUGGAGUUACCCACCAAAA